AUGGCAGCGUACACAAACGAAGAAUAUUACGAUAUGCUAAUGGCACUCGGCGAGUGUCAUGGGCAGUAUCACGUAGCUGCAAGAAGAUACGCCGAAUUAUAUCCAAAUCGAGCAAGACAUCCAUCGGCUCCUGUUAUACUUCGAGCAGCUCAGAGAUUACACGAGACUGGCAGUGUCCUUCCGGAUAAACACGAUACUGGAAAAAAUCGCAAUGCAAGAAAUUUGCGAAAUACGGAGCGAAUUGUACGUGCUUUCGAAGAUAAUCCUGAAACGAGUAUUCGAGUGGUUGCUCGAGAACACAACUUUUCUUACUCGACGGUACAAAGAACGCUCAAAGAAGAAAAGUUGCACGCGUUUCAUUAUACACGCGUGCAACAUUUACGAGCUGAAGAUUAUCAGAACUUACAAUUCGCGGAUCCCGAUCCGUUCGGUGGUGAACCGAUCGAUCUAUUGAUCGGAGCUGACAGUUAUGGUCCAUUGUGCUAG